GUAUUGUUCAGAUACAAUCAAAUGAAUGCAGUUCAAUUUGUGUGUGAAAACGCAGCAUAACAUAACCUUUUAAGUUCUAUUGUUGUUUUAAUCUUGAUUCUUACAUGGAAUUGUAAGAAUGUAAGAGAUUUGAUAAAAUAACAAUUAUAAAGACUUUGUUUUAAAUAUAAUAUUAAUAAACAUUAACAAAAUGUCAGAAGACGAAGUAGAAAGUUUUGAAAUCACAGAUUACGAUCUUGAAAAUGAAUUCAAUAUUAAUCGCCCUAGGCGUAAAUUGUCAAAAAAACAACAAAUGCUUGGUAUUUGGGCUGAUGAUAGCGAUGAAGAAGAAUUAUCUGCUAGACCAUCAUUUAAAACUUUUGAUAAAGGACCAAAGAAUUAUACAACUCCUGUAAAUUUUGUAGCAGGAGGUAUUCAACAAGCUGGGAAACCAAAAGAAGAAACAGACGAUAAAGAUGAUGAUGAAAGUGAUAAUGAAAAUAUAAAAUCACAAAAAGAAUUUCCAAAUAGUUCAAGUUCUGAUGAUGAAAGACCAAAUUCUAUACAUCAACGUGCAUCAUUUUCAUUAAAUACAGAUGGAGAUAUUGCAGGUUUACGUAAAAAGAAACAUAAAGUAAAUCCUUUAUUAAUGCAAAGUGGAAUGGGUAGUUGGGAAGUUUAUACAAAAGGUAUUGGAGCUAAAUUGUUGCUACAGAUGGGUUUUGAACCUGGAAAAGGAUUAGGUAAACAAUUACAAGGAAUAAGUACACCAGUAGAAGCACAUUUAAGAAAAGGCAGAGGCGCAAUUGGUGCUUAUGGACCAGAAAAAGGUCCAAAAGUUCCAGAAAAGAAAAAAGAAGAUGAAAUAGAUGAAGGAAAAGAAUUGAAAACUAAAUUAUCACAAUGGAGAAAAGAUGGAGGUACAGUUAAGAAAAAAGUAAAUUAUGUAUAUCGAAGUGUGGACCAAGUUUUGGAGGAUGGAAAAUUGAAACCUAACAAAAAAGUAAGAAUAUCCAAUGAAAUGAGUAAAGUUAAAGUUAUAGAUAUGACUGGACCAGAACAAAGAAUUCUUAGUGGAUAUCAUGCAAUAGCUGGAGGUCAACAACGACCUGAUGAAAAUGUUGUUACUGAUAAAAAAUCUAAAGUUAAUUUUGCAUUGCCUGAACUACAACAUAAUUUAAAUAUACUUGUGGACAUGUGUGAACAAGAUAUUAUACAAAAUGAUAGAAGAACACGACAUCUGAGUGAUAGGGUGGUUGCACUAGAAGCAGAAAAGAAAAAUUUGUCUAAAGUUAUAGAUCAACAUAGUCAAUUAAUAGAUACAUUAGAAAAUGUUCUUGCAAUUGUAGACAGAUUGAUGGAUGAAACCAAUCAAUUAACAUUACAAGAAACUGCAGAUGCUUUCAAAGAUUUACAAGAUAAAUAUUAUGAAGAAUAUAAAAUGUAUGAACUUGGUGAAUUAGCUAGUAGUUUUGUUGGUCCAAAAGUAAAAGAUUGUUUAAUUAGUUGGAAUCCAUUAAUGCAACCAAAACAACCAAUUAAAUUGUUUGAGCAAUGGAAAAGCAUUUUAGAAAGUGGUACUACUACUCUUCAGACAAGAACUAUGCAUCCAUAUGAUCAUCUUGUUUGGAAUUCAUGGAUGCCUUCAAUUAGGGGAGCUAUUCAACAAUGGACAUGUAGGCAACCAGAACCACUAAUAGAAUUAAUAGAACAUUGGAUGCCACUUCUUCCAAAUUGGAUAUUAGAAAAUAUUUUAGAUAUGUUAGUUCUUCCUAAACUUACUUUAGAAGUAGAAGAAUGGAAUCCUCUUACUGAUACAGUACCUAUUCACACAUGGAUUCAUCCUUGGUUACCACUUUUACGAAACCGUUUGGAUACUUUAAUAUAUCCAAUAAUACGACGUAAAUUAGGAUCUGCAUUAGGUGGUUGGCACCCGUCCGAUAGAUCCGCUAGGCUAAUGUUACAACCAUGGGCUAAUGUCUUUGCAAAAGGAGAUAUGGAAGCUUUCUUGGUGAAAAAUAUCAUUCCAAAAUUACAAAUAGCACUUUCGGAAUUUGUUAUAAAUCCGCAUCAACAACAUUUAGACCAAUGGAAUUGGGUAUAUGAAUGGAAAGAGUUAAUUCCAUCUCAUAUAAUGGCAGGAUUGUUAGAUAAAUUCUUCUUUCCUAAAUGGUUACAAGUUUUGGCUCUUUGGUUAAAUCAUUCACCUAAUUAUGAUCAAGUUACAAAUUGGUAUAUGGGAUGGAAAGGCAUGUUGAGUGAAAAAAUAUUGGCUGAACCGCUAGUAAAAGAACAUUUUAAAAAAGCAUUAGAAUUGAUGAAUAGAGCAGUUUCUGUGCCACAAAGUCAUCAACCGGGUGCGAUGGAACAAGUUUCGUAUUUAACGAGUUUAGAAAGGACGCAACCUACUAUGUCACAGAUGCCUCCAACUGUACAACCAAGAAUGGAGAGACUUGCAGAAGCAGUUAGAACAGCAUCACAGAUACCUCAAGGUUUUAAAGAUCUUGUUCAAAAGAAAUGCGAAGAAAGAGGUAUUUUAUUUAUGCCAAUACCAAAUCGAUAUAGGGAAGCAAAACAAAUUUAUAAAGUGGGUAAUGUUCAAGCUUACAUAGACGGAAAUGUUGUAUUCGUUUGUCAUAAUGGUAUGAAUUGGAUGCCGACGCACUUAAAUGCUUUAUUAGACAUGUCUGAACUUUAGAAAUAAUUAUAAUCGCAAAUAUGUACGUUUAAUUGUAUACAUACUUAUAUAUCUUGUACAUAUAUUGUAAAAUAUUUUAUAAUAUAUGAUAUUGAAAAAAUUUCAUUAGAUAAUAAGCAAAUAAAGUCAAAUAUAAUUUUUUUGUAUAUUUGAAUUUAUUACACUUACUUUUUUAAAACCUCAUUUAUAAUCUAUCUAAUAUGAUCUAUCCUAUAUAGUAUAACAUAUAAAUGUGCAAUUAAUGUAAUAUAAUAGCAGAAUUUUAAUGCUUAAUAGAGAAAUUGCGUUCAAGUAUUUUCAACAUACAUAUAAUAAAAUUUACUUUUUUUUUCUUGUAAAAACUUUUCAACUCCUUUUUCUGUAUAUUUAUAAAUAUACGCAUUAUAGUUAUGAGACAUUAUAUCGAGGCGCUCCAUCUGAAACAUUUCUACAUGUUUCGUGCAAGGAGAGAACAUCUCUUUCCUUCGAUGGUACUCCCGGCAUUCACGUUUCACGAAUGCAGUCUUGCGUUCGUGAAUGUUUGUCUUAUUGACCACUUCUGUUCAAAGCAGUCGAAGUCGAACGCGUGUAGGCGCCCCUGGUUAUCCUACUACUGAGGCGCAGCUAUAAAACUCCUCAAUAUGGAAAGUUGCACGUGAUCCUGAGGAGUCGUACGUAUGUACCUACAGAGUCGUCCAAUAGGCAUCGUGUAUUAACUACUACGAUGUGUGCCGGUCCUGUGUACCAACCAUGGGCGCCACCAUGCAUAAGGCAUAUAGAUUCCUUGCUUUACACGAUACAGACCUUAUUCGCAAUACGAUAUUAUGAUAAUUUUUGAAAUAAAUGUUUUUAUAAGAUAAAGAUGUAUGUAUAUUAUAUAAGAAUUAAGAAAUUUAAAUUUUAUAAAAUCAUAUAUUAUAUAUAGUGAAUAAGUUAUUUUGAAUAAGAUUUAAUUUAAAUAUUAAAAUAUUUAAUUCAAUUUAAAUAUUCCAAAAUUAUACUGAAAUAUAUGGAAUUAAAAAUCAUCUAUGUAAUUAUUAUAUUUAAAAAAUAUUUAUAUAAGAUUUCUAUAUUAUUGAUGUUAUGAUUUCCAUUUUUAUAAUAAUAAACAAUUAAUAAAAAUAUUAAAAUACUAAUAAAUAAGCAGUAAGAGAUUUAAAUCUUUAAAAAAUUUAAUUUUAUCCUAUACAUUUUCGACUUUCUUCUUUUCAAUCAUUAUACACAUAUUUUCUCAAAUGAACAAUUACAACUGCAGUCAAUCGCAACAACCUGAAUACUUAAUAGUUUAAACUAUACAAGAAAUACAAAGCUAUUUUUACAUUUCUCAAUUGAACCAUAAGUUUGAUUCUAGGUGACGCCUAUGGCACUACUACCAAUGAGUUCGCGUCUCAUACGUAGAGGACUGGUCCUGUAAGAGGAUGGACAUCUCUCGCCUACACGCCUAGCAGAUCUGUGCUCUCGGGUGUCGAGAAAAUUUGCAUCGGAUCGGAGUGUCUGCCUAGUAACUGGCUGCUUUUACUACAACGGGUAUCGCGCGGCUUGAGAUUCGAGAAAUGCUUCUGCACUCUCGUCUUCUUCUUUCCUUCGUUCAUUGUAUGCGUAUUCAUGAUAUGCAUACUUCCAUGUAUACGAGGCGAGCACUUGUCGAACUGCCUGCCAGAUCUUAACGUCUAUCGUACCAUUCGUACCGAUUGUACGAAAGGCAGUCGAGGUGAAGUUGUCGCCUCACGAAGGAAAAUAUUGGACCGUUCGCGUUGAAAAAAUUAAAUAACAUGCAUGGGAAAGGAUUGAAUCGCGUGUGCGUUACCGGAUAUUUUAUGAAGUGUUUGUAAUAUUUUUUAAGCAUUUGAUCGACUUUUGUCGAAAACAAAGCGAUCAAAUGCAGAUAUUUAUCAUUGGUUUUUCGCGAUUCUAUCGAGUGAUAUUAAAUUUUGUCAUUUGAUAAUUGAAUAAUACGUGAAUAUAUUAAAAAAUAGAGAUAAUAUUUUUUUGUACAAGACAGAUUACUAAUAAAAAUGUACGUACAUUUGUACGAUCAAAAAUGA